CCGAGCUGAGAAGCAUCAUGGCCAGCAUCGUGUGGGCUUCCCUGGCUGCUCUCCUCCUGCUGCCUAUGGCCACCGCCAUGCACUCCGACUGCAUCUUCAAGAAGGAGCAAGCCACGUGCCUGGAGAAGAUCCAGAGGGCAAAUGACCUGAUGGGCUUGAACGACUCCUCCCCAGGCUGCCCCGGGAUGUGGGACAACAUCACGUGCUGGAAGCCCGCCCACGUGGGUGAGACAGUCCUCGUCAGCUGCCCCGAACUCUUCCGAAUCUUCCACCCCGACCAAGUCUGGGAGACGGAAACCAUCGGAGAGUUUGGUUUUGCUGACAGUAACUCCUUGGAUCUCUCAGACAUGAGGGUGGUGAGCCGGAAUUGCACGGAGGAUGGGUGGUCGGAGCCAUUCCCGCAUUAUUUCGAUGCUUGUGGGUUUGAUGAGUACGAAUCUGAGCCUGGGGACCAGGAUUAUUACUACCUGUCGGUGAAGGCCCUGUACACAGUUGGCUACAGCACGUCCCUCGUCACCCUCACCACUGCCAUGGUCAUCCUGUGUCGUUUCCGGAAGCUGCACUGCACCCGCAACUUCAUCCACAUGAACCUCUUCGUGUCGUUCAUGCUGAGGGCCAUCUCCGUCUUCAUCAAGGACUGGAUCCUCUAUGCCGAGCAGGACAGCAACCACUGCUUCAUCUCCACUGUGGAAUGCAAGGCUGUGAUGGUUUUCUUCCACUACUGCGUGGUAUCCAACUACUUCUGGCUGUUCAUCGAGGGCCUGUACCUCUUCACCCUGCUGGUGGAGACCUUCUUCCCUGAGAGGAGAUACUUCUACUGGUACAUCAUCAUUGGCUGGGGCACCCCAACUGUGUGUGUGUCCGUGUGGGCUGUGCUCAGGCUCUACUUCGAUGACACAGGCUGCUGGGAUAUGAAUGACAACACGGCUCUGUGGUGGGUGAUCAAAGGCCCUGUGGUUGGCUCCAUAAUGGUUAACUUUGUGCUCUUCGUUGGCAUCAUUGUCAUCCUCGUGCAGAAACUUCAGUCUCCAGACAUGGGGGGUAAUGAGUCCAGCAUCUACUUAACAAAUUUAAGCCUGAGAGUCCCCAAGAAAGCCCGAGAGGAUCCCCUGCCUGUGCCCUCAGACCAGCAUUCACUGCCUUUCCUCAGCUGCGUGCAGAAAUGCUACUGCAAGCCACAGCGGGCUCAGCAGCACUCUUGCAAGAUGUCAGAACUGUCCACCAUCACUCUACGGCUCGCCCGGUCCACGCUGCUGCUCAUCCCGCUGUUUGGAAUUCACUACACGGUCUUUGCCUUCUCCCCAGAGAACGUCAGCAAGAGGGAGAGACUUGUAUUUGAGCUGGGGCUGGGCUCCUUCCAGGGCUUUGUGGUGGCUGUUCUCUACUGUUUUCUGAAUGGGGAGGUGCAGGCGGAGAUCAAGCGGAAGUGGCGGAGCUGGAAGGUGAACCGCUACUUCACCAUGGACUUCAAGCACCGGCACCCGUCCCUGGCCAGCAGCGGGGUGAAUGGGGGCACCCAGCUCUCCAUCCUGAGCAAGAGCAGCUCCCAGAUCCGCAUGUCUGGCCUCCCAGCCGACAACCUGGCCACCUGA